CACUGCAGACGGAUAGCAAGGAAACAUUUCUCCCUCUCUCUCUCUCUCUCUCCUCUCUCCCCCCUUUUCUCUCACCUCUCUCUGUCUGUAUACCUCUUUUUUGACGUUUGGAGGGAUUGAGAAUUUAGAGAUUAAUUUGGAGCAGCUGUCUCUCUCUCUUUCUCUCUCGGUGGCUUCGCAGGGGUCAGUGCUUGCAUCUUGUUCUCUCACGUAGCAGUGGGGGCCAUGGAGAGUUGAGAGGAAGCGGAACCCUACGGGGGAAACAUUCUACUCUCCUAAGAGUCCGAGCAGCCGAGCUGACCGUGAAGACAAUUGCAAAGGCUUUAACAAUUAAAUCUCAAAGGAUCCAAAAAGAGACUUGAGCAUCUUCUCUUCGUUUGUGUGACCCCUCUGGAGCCAUGAGCAGCAGCAGCAACAGCAUCGUGCUCACCAGGGGGUGAGUGAUCAGGCAGUGCUACGACACACACACACACACACACACACACACACAAACAUAACCCCGCAGGUGGCUGAGUGGACGGUAUGAGACUGGUGCUACUCGAGUGGGGGCUGGUGGUGGCGGUGACGGUGACAGCCGGUGUGGUGGUGGCUGCGGGAGGCGAGAGGGGAGGGGGUGGAGGAGGAGGAGGAGGAGGAGGUGGUGGUGCUGGGGGUCACCGGCGCAGCGGUGGCGGCGCAGGAGGAGGAGAGAGGCGGCGUAAGCUCCACCGCGUCCAGCAGGGCCAGUGCAGCUACACCUUCAUCCUGCCCGAGGUGGAGGGCUGCCAGGCGACUCCGGGGGACCAAUAUGGCGGCGUGAACGUGGUGCAGAGGGAUGCCCCGCCACUGCCGGCCGACACCGAGUGGUCCAGCCAGAAGCUGCAGCACUUGGAGACGGCCAUGGUCAACAACACGCAGUGGCUGCAAAAGCUAGAAAAUUAUAUUCAGGAGAACAUCAAAACAGAGAUUGUCCAGAUCCACGCAAAUGCUGUCCAUAACCAAACAGCUACGAUGCUGAAGAUCGGAACCAAUUUGUUGACCAAAACUGCAGAGCAAACGAUGAAGCUGAAUGUUGUAGAAGCCAAGGUCAUGAAUCAGACGUCUCGAAUUGAAAUUCAAUUAUUGGAAAACUCGUUGUCUACAAACAAACUCGAGAAGGAGCUUUUGAUGCAGACUUCAGAGAUCACUAAGCUUCAGGACAAAAACAGCCGGUUGGAGCACAAGGUGCGUCAGCUGGAGUCGCAGCAGCGGACGGAGCUGGAGGGCAUGCGGGAGGAGAAGCAGCACCUCCAGGAGGUGGUGCGUCGGCAGAUGGAGGCCAUCGAGGCCUUGGAGAGGCAGCUACGGGCGGCCAGCUCCAACAACUCGGCCCUGCAGCGCCAGCAGCAGCAGCUCAUGACCUCCGUGCACACGCUCAUCGGCCUGGUGUCCGGCGGGUCGGCUGCCCACCGCCUAGGGCCAAAGUUGAAAGAGCAGAAGUUUCAAGACUGUUCACAGGCCUUUAAAGCAGGUCACAACACCAGCGGAGUCUAUUACAUUUACAUUGGCAACGUGACAACACCAACCAAGGUGUUCUGUGAUAUGGAGACAAGUGGGGGAGGGUGGACCAUGGUUCAGCGGAGGAUCGACGGUAGCACAGACUUCCAGAGGGGGUGGGAAGAAUAUAAAAUGGGUUUUGGUGACCCAGCUCUGGAACACUGGCUGGGCAACGAAGCCGUGCACCAGAUGACCGGCCAGACACAGUAUUCUCUCCGAGUGGAGCUGAAGGACUGGGAGGGACACACGCAUUAUGCUCUUUACGACCGAUUCCAGCUGGGCAGUGAAAAACAGCAGUACAGACUGUUCCUGAGGGGCUACAGUGGCACUGCAGGGCAGCAGAACAGCCUGGUGUCCCACGGGACGGCCUUCAGUACCCGAGACAGAGACAACGACAAUUGCCUCUGCAAGUGUGCCCUCAUGCUUACAGGCGGGUGGUGGUUCGACGCCUGCGGCUUCUCCAACCUCAACGGAAUCUACUACGCCAUUGGCCACAACAUCCGCAAGCUCAACGGCAUCAAGUGGCACCACUUCCGAGGGCCCAGCUACUCCCUGCGUUCCACAGCCAUGAUGAUCCGACCGUACAGCUUCUGAGGGAGAGGGACUCCGACAGAGGAGAGAGAGAGAGAGAGAGAGGCAGGCAUGACGCCCUCAGAGCCCCCAACCCCCUCCCUUCAACCCCCCACUCUCCAGAAACAAACAAACAAAAACAAAAAAAGCAUUUUCACCGGAUUUUCUGACAAGCGUGACGGGCUCGAAAGCGAAACAUUUGUAAAUCAGCGUCUUGAAUCUCAAACAAUCAAUCAGCCGCUGAUUUGCUGUAACUUGAGCUGGAGACAGUGGUCGAGUCGAAAAAGACGGACAAAGGCUCUAUCCUCUGGCUGCUGCCCAGGGCCCAGAAACGAGGCAGGCCAAUCCAAUCUACCCACUGACAGGCCAGAACCACCACCACCACCACCAUCCACCCCAACCUCAAUCCCGACCACCACAUCUAUAUCUCCACCCCCCCCCGUCCCUCCCCCAACCCUACCACCACCAGAGAUGAGGCUGGCCAAUCUACCCAUGGACAUUGAAUACCCCCUCCACCACCACUGCAUCCCACCCCAACCUCAAUCCUGACUCCACCACAUCUCCAUCCCCAUCCCCCCCUCCCUUCCCCAUCCUCAUCAGUUCUCCCACGGUGUGCCCCGCAGUGUCAACAGACCUCCUUGACAGCGCUCCAUCCUUCUGUCAUUGCCUCGGCGCUGUAGGAGGCCGCCGCCGUCGUCAAGACAGCGUCAAAUGAAUGUGAGGGGAAAACACAGCGCAGCCACUCAGUGAUGGCUGGAGAUGAAUAUCAGAUUCAGGCGGCUGAGAGGAGAGGUGCAGGCACUGCUGUAGAAAGAGAGAGAGAGAGAGAGAGAGAGAGAGAGAGGAGGAAAGGAACCUCAGAGGGACAGAGCUGAUUUCCUGGAAUCCGCUAGAACUGCACUUGCGACGUGGAGAGCAUAGAAAUGUGAUGAACUAUCUUUUUUUUUUAUCUCUGUAACACUUUUUUAACAUUGUAUUUUUAUAUGUGUUUUUAUUAUUACUUGUCAAGAGCAGGCCUAGUUUUCUACUUCAACUUAAACUGGAUCGCAAGAUGUUAUGGUGGUAAAUGUAUGCUUAUAUGAGGGGAUGAGUGAAGAGACAUGACAACAGAGGAGACAGAGACAGAUCAAGACUCUUUGUGUGACAUUUUGUGCUCUAGAAAAAAGGUUUGACUUCACUGGCAUGAAGUCUUAUCAUACCAUCAAAUGUUAUGUUUGCUCUUCUAAACAUUAUCUCACCUCCUGGGAAAAUGCACUUUAAGAUGUAUGAAAUGUACAUUUAGUCUAGCAGUGCCUUCAUAGAGGGACCUGAGUGAGUAUGUAGCCAGACUAUACAUAUAUACAAAAUGGCCCUGUAGUCGACUAUCUCUUUUGCAUCACAUCUUCUUUGUGCCUAUGCUCACUUACUCAUUUCCUCCAUAUGAGAGAAUAAUAAACAUCACCAAUAUACACCAUAUACAGACAGACCUACACCUGUUGUGUACUCGCCUAUUUAAACAUCAUAUGUACUAUUUCCAUGAAAUUCAUAUUACAGCUACCAUUAAACGGAAUUAAAAGUCACUUUCCUUUAAACAGUU